CGGCAGCGGGCACCGCCGGCAGCUUUCUGAGAGGGGCCAGGGGACGGAGGCUCCCACUCUGCCAGUGUCCUGAAGGACAGAGGUGGAAACGGGCGGAUUUGCUGUCCGUUCCCUGCUCUCCGAGCCUGCCCCCCUUAUAUUCGGCGGCUGCCGAAGGGAAUGUGCAGAAGCGGGGACUGAACCCCGCGGCGGUGCGUGCUCCGGCCGCUGAGCGACCAGGUGACCCCCCCUUCCCGGCCUCUCCGCCGGCAUCGCCCAGGGCGGAGCGCCCCGCUGAAGGACCGGUGGGACUCCGUACGGGCGGUCCCUCUCCCGGUGAUUAGGGCACUACUGAAUGGUGGGGGAGACUGGUCUAAAAGCUUUCGGUCUCAGGAAGGCUUUGAAACCAGACCUCGGCUUUUCUGUGCCCUGCUCUAACUGCUGAACUGCAUUAGAGACGUGAAGGACCCGCUUCGCAGGAAACCAAACUCGACAGCGUGAGCUCGGAGCUCGCUUGCCUCUCAGGAGGGGACGGGCUCUUCUUUCCGCAUCCCUGUCGAUGGGGACAGUCGCCCUGAGCGGGAUGAUCUGGAGCUGCAGUGCGGCACUUUCCAUCUCGAGGAUGGUUAAAGCUGGAAGCGCCCUGUGUCACGGGAGCGAUUCUGCCGGAGCUGCUGCUUUUCUGUUUCUUGACGAUUCUCCUCUACUUGUCUCAAAGUGUAACUGAAGUCAUGCUUUGAGUUCAGUGGACGUCGAACUAGAGCUUUCCAAAUAUGCCAGGAAAAGUCUUGCCCGUCUCUACUGUCUAAAGAACGGCAGAAAAAGCGAACCUUUCGGCUGGUGUUUGCCAUUCGGCUGUACGUGUUUAUCUAGGAAUCCAGUGUUGACUUCAUGAGCUCUGAUGGAUAAACUGAACUUGGGAUGUCGAAACUCGUGGGAUUUUUUUGCAGCAGUUUAACUAGGCUUCCACUCCUUCCUGUCUAAUGAAAGAGGCUCAGGGUAAUGCUCAGACAGUUGAUGAGCUUUCAAGGUGUAAAGGUGAGUAGUUCUUACUGAUUUUUCUGUACAGAUUCUUUCUUGAUGUGGAUCACCACUCCUCAUGUCUUACUGCUUAGUGAGAGGCACAGGGAAUACUCUGAGACUGACCAAAAUUGGAGUAGCUAAACUAAGCCUUCCACAAACCUGGAGCUUUUUUCAGGAUCAUCUCAGCUUUUUCUUAUGACCUUUGUAGCUUCUUGCUAUAAAUGCAGGUGUUAUAAAAGACAUCUUAGUUGUACAUCUGUGAUAGCAUUAAAGUGCUUAAGGAUUUGCCAAUGCCACCCACUGUCCUACUGUUACUCGGGUAGUAGCUGGAUUUCAUCAGAAUGCGAGAAUCUCGCAUGCACUGGAUUUGAGUAAGCAAGAAACAACUCUUCCAACAUGUAGGUUAUAUCGGAUUCUUUAACUAUUUUUUUACAUGUAGAAACACUUUGAUUCUUCACUAAAGCUCAGAUCACGGACCAUUUAUUCAAGCUUCUGCUUGGUGGAGAUAGAAACGAUGCUGACAAGUGUUCAGACCACAGGAAAAAGGACACCGUGUCCUGUAUGCUUGACAUCAGUGCUUGUCAUCUCGUUAACAGCUUUUUUACUGAUUUAAAACAUUCUAAUACAUUUUACAGCAAACUUAACUUAGAUCCUAGCACAGCCCUAAGAUACUUGAAAAUAAAAUGGUGCUCUUUUUACUGACAUCAACAUUAUACUUUCAUCCCUAUUAAUAUGGCAUGAAAUAUUUCUCCAGUGAAGAUGUACUUAUUCUAGGUAAGUGGAUUAACUUAGCAAGCUGAUAAGUGGAGAGUGGGUGUGUGUGUGGAACAAAACCAAAACCUAUUCUGAUUAAACACUUCUCAUCCUGGAUGCACAUGGAGCGAGCAUGAUGAACUUAUUGAUGGAAGAUGUUCCAGCAUCUCUUCCUAUGCAAAAGUCAAGACAGUGAUCUCUACCCAAACCUUUAUUUUCUUCAGCUACACGAAUUAAAACAAACUGAUGGAAAACUCGAGGAAACUCAGAAGCCAGAAACUUGUCUCCAGAUUAACUUGGCAAAAAUUGUGCUUUGUAGAAUCUUACUUUUCCAUCCUCUGUUAUCAAAAAUAUCAAUUCUGUUGUGUGCACCUGGAAAAAGUUAACAAAUGGUGUUCUGCUUGGUAGGAUAGAUUUGUUUCUGUCCAUUUACAUGUGGUCUAUAGUAAUAAUUCUGUGAGACUGCAGAAAAUCCCUGUGGAGACCUAAACAACAGGACAAAACCUGUGUGGGUGUUACAAAUGCAAUAGAGAUGUGCUAAUGGCCUUAAUAAGUCAGUCCCCAGCAGCAGCAGUGUCUGCCAAAGGUCCUUUCUGCUGUUUACUGUGGGUUGCUCUGCUCAAGAGCAGCGGUGGAGGGAAAGGCAACUCUUCAAAGGCUAAACUUCCACAAGGAUUUGGGAUAUGAAAUAUGAUCAGUCUGUCUUCCUUGGGGAGAAAACACUGUCACUGGUUGAGAUGAGGAAAUGCAGGUAAGUUACAAAGACGCAGUAGGAAGAGUUAAUCUUUGUGUUUUGAUGGCAUAGGCCAUAUAAAAAUGGCAUCAAGGAUGGAUCUGGAAUCAAGACGUCAUUGCUGUCAACAGAAAGCCUGACUACCUUCAGCAACAGAUUUCCAUAUAAACCAGCAGCACUGUGGAGAUCAGGCAGCAGGAAUACAAAAAGGUCAGUAGGCACAAUCAUGUUCAAUAAUCUUCUGAAUCGUGGUCUGUGUACAUGAGCUGCAGAGGUAAUGGCAGAAGUUACUCUCAUCCUUAACCCAGCUGUGGGAAAUGUGGUGGCUGCAAGACUUGGUGUGCUGCACCUGGCUGCCUGCGGGAGUUCAGGGCAGGUGAUGGUGAAUGUGAAUGAGGGUGGACGAGAGCUCUGUGGGCAGGUGGUGGAUUUUGCCCUGAAGGUUCAAAUAGUUUUUGAAAUCCUCCCACAGCCAUGCACCUGGCUUUGCUAAGGUGGGAGAUGGUAACUUUUUCUUCUUUAAAAAAAAAAUGUAUUACUGUUGUGGUGGAGACCUGUCUGGGUACUGUGGCAGCGAACUUCUGAGUGGCAUGGAGUAGAGCUUGGGGCACCUACCAUGGGAAGGGUGACUGAGUAGGGAAGAGUCUUCCCUGAGGAAGUGAAGAUGCUGUGUAGAACAUGGACUGUGUCAUUAGUGAACUGGAGAAUGUCUGUUUAGCUGGAGACCUCAUUUUCCAGUGCUUGGGAUAGAGAAUUAAAGUAGAAAAACUUGGGAUGGUGCCUGGCGCACAAGAUUGUUUACCUGGGAUCCUCUCAGGACUUCCAGAAGUCCUGCAUAUCCUCGCACUUUGGCAAAACUUGUGUUUCAGUAUGGCAGAAUGGGAUCCUUUGGUUAUUCUCUCUCCUGUUAUGAAGAACUGGCUUCCAGUGUGGGUGAUGGCUUUUCCAGUCUUCUGUGCUGAGGUUGACACUGAAAGAAUGUCCGUAGUUUUCAGGUGUCACUCCUGCUUCCCUUGUGAUAAAGUGCAUAAGGGACCACUGUGCACUGUCCAGUGAUACCAAGGCUUUAGCAGAACGUGGGUCAUUUUUUCCCAUCCAUCUUCCCCAGAAAGCACUGAUAACACAAAGGGGAAUUGUCCUUUUUAGAAUCAGAACCACUUCCCUUCUCCUGAAAAUCUUUUCUGAAGAAGCAACCAGUGAUGCUACAGGUAAGUCGCUCAUGAAUUUGAGAGACGGCUGUACUUUUGUUCCUGUUUCGUUAUGGUAUCUUUAUCUUGGACGGACUGAAUGUUGCCUGGAUUGGGAGUUGGACUCGAUAAUCCUUAUUGGGACCCUUACAACUUCAGAUACUCUAUGAUUGGAGCACGAAAGCAGCACUGCCUGCUGUCAUUCCUUUCUUGCCGCUCCCAGGCACAGUGUGAACAAGUGACAGAGAGUAUGGAUAGAGGAAGGACCCUAAUGCGUUUCUUGGAGUGGUUGUAUUGAGAGUCAAGGGGAUGUUCUCAGUGGUAGUGCCAUGGUUUUAACUCCGUUGUGAAUUUUGCAUGCUGAGGAGUAAGAGGUAUUAUGUGGGGACUAAUGCGCCCAUGUACUGAGGUUCUUGCUGUGUUGUGCUGAAAGAGCAUGCCUGACUGAAAGAAGCAAAUACCUUACAUGGAUCAUGCAGAUGGAAAUAGACUGUAGGGAAUCAGGAAGGGUGUUCCUUGUCUGAAGAGAUGGAAGUGGAACAAGACUAGGGAAUAGGAAUGAGAGCUCAUGCCAAAGGGCACGUCCGUGCUUCAUGGUGAGAGUGACGUAGUCAUACAGAAAACUUGUUGGUUAAGCAGACAAAGCAGAGUCGAAGAGAGGAGCAGAACAGAAGGGGAAGCAGAACAGGGAAGAGGAGACACAGAGAGAGGAAAGAAGAGAAGGAAUGAAGGAACAGUGCAGAGAAAAAAGCAAAUGAAACCAAAGUAAAGCAAUAGAAAGAAGAGAGAGAAAAGAAACAAAUAAAUUCGUUUACUAGCAUGUCACCAACGCUAUUGCUGCACACAGAAAUGUGGUGGGGGAGAGAAAGGAGGAAAGGAAGGAGACAAGAUGACAAGAGGAAAAAAGGAAGAAACCAUGAAGGAGAUGAACAGGAUGCACCAGAUCAUCUUAUUGAAGGAUCCGGGAGAUCCAGAAAAGAAAAAGGCAAAGAAGGACUGUAUGCAAUGAGAAACCAGGGAAAGAAGAGGCGAUAGACCGGAUUUACAUAACGCAAAUAUGUCGCCUCUAGACACAAAACGGAGCUGGUACCUAACAGCCUACCUGUUGGUUAGAGUACCGCACUCUGGAGCUCCUGUCCUCUAAUUACCCUGAUGGCUCCGACUUAAACAAUCGCCGCCGCGACGCCGGAGGCAACUUGCGAUGUGCGAAGAAAAGAGAAGAAAAAGGGGCAUAAAGAACAGGGCACGGCAGGACGACAAGAAAAAAAAAGAAGGGAGAGAAGGCAAAGAAGGAAGAGGAGAGAAGAAAGCAUAAGUUGGAAAGAAAAAAUAGAGAAGAAUGGAAGAUAAUAAAAAAAUAAAGUAGGAAAGAAACGAAGAACGAGAAAAAAAGAAAUAACGGAAGGUAAAAGAAAGAGAAAAGAAGGGGAAAAAACGAGAAAAAGGAAGAAGGAGCAAAUAAUGAAAAAGAAAAGGGGCGGGGAAAGAGAGAGGGGUAGACGAGCGGGUCCGCGGUCGCUGUCGGGGAGCGUGCGAGGCGGCGGAGCAGCACACGGUGUCGCUGCAGGCUCAGGAACGGCGGCGGAGCGGCGCGUCGGCUCCGCCCCGGUGCGGCGGAGAGCCCGGCUGUGAACGCGGGGGGGGCGGUGCGGUCAGCAGAGCCGGCGCGUCCGGGCGGCGGCGGGGAGCCGUGCGGGGCCCGUGCGGGAAGGGCGGCGGGUGCGAUGGGCGUGUGGUGGGCGCCCGCGGUGCGGGUGCUGGUGCUGCAGGCGGCCUGGGCGCUGGGCGGCGGGCAGGUGCGCUACUCGGUGCCGGAGGAAGCCAAGGCCGGGACGGUGGUGGGCCGCCUGGCGCAGGACCUGGGCCUGGAGGCGGGCGAGGCGGAGGCGCGGCGGCUGCGGCUGGUGGCGCAGGGCCGGCGGGCGAGCGUGGAGGUGAGCGGGGCGAGCGGGGCGCUGGUGGUGAGCUCGCGGCUGGACCGGGAGGAGCUGUGCGGGAAGAGCGCGCCGUGCGCCCUGCGCCUGGAGGUGCUGGUGGAGCGGCCGCUGCGCGUCUUCCACGUGGAGCUGGAGGUCACCGACAUCAACGACAACGCCCCGCUCUUCCCCGCCGCCCGCAAAAACCUCAGUUUACCGGAGAACUCCCCCGCCGGGUCCCGGUUCCCGCUGGAGGGCGCGUCGGAUGCAGAUAUCGGAGCCAACGCGCAGCUCUCCUAUGCGCUCAGCCCCAACGAGCAUUUCGCUCUGGAUUUGCAUCGCAGUGAAGAGUACCGAGAAUCUCUGUUCCUGGUUCUUGCGAAACCGCUGGACCGCGAGUCGGUGGCUGUGCACCGUCUGGUGCUGACGGCGAGUGACGGGGGCCGGCCGCCGCUGACGGGCACGGUGGAGCUGGUUAUCUCGGUACUGGACGCCAACGACAACGCGCCCCAGUUCAACCAGUCGGUAUAUAAAGCGCAGCUGCCGGAGAGCGCUACCGAGGGGACGCUGGUGGCGCGGGUGAACGCCACGGAUCCGGACGAGGGAAGCAACAGGGAAAUGACUUUUACAUCAAACAAUGUUUUUCCCCUAAAGGGGUUAAAUUUUUUUAUUUUAAAUCCGAAGUCGGGUGAGAUCCGUCUGACGGGCGCCCUGGACUUUGAAGACGUCCGUUCAUACGAGAUCCAGGUUGAAGCAACAGACAAAGGGACGCCGCCGCUCUCGGGUCACUGCAAGGUGGUGGUGGAGGUGCUGGACGUGAACGACAACGCGCCGGAGGUGUGGGUGACGUCGCUGUCGGUGCCGGUGCCGGAGGACGCGGCGGUGGGGACGGUGGUGGCGCUGCUGAGCGUGUCGGACCGGGACUCGGGGGCGAACGGUCGCGUGCGGUGCGCGGUGUGGCCGGCGUCGCCGUUCGGGCUGGUGGCGACGUUCGCGGGCUCGUACUCGCUGGUGCUGCGGGAGGCGCUGGACCGCGAGCGGGUGGCGGAGUACGAGGUGGAGGUGCGGGCGGAGGACGGCGGGGCGCCGCCGCUGCGCGCCAGCCGCGGGGUGCGCGUGCCGGUGUCGGACGUGAACGACAACGCGCCGGCGUUCGCGCAGGCCGUGUACACGGUGCUGGCGCGGGAGAACAACGCGGCGGGCGCGGAGCUGGCGCGGCUGUGGGCGCGGGACCCGGACGAGGCGGGCAACGGGCGCGUGAGCUACUCGGUGGCGGAGGGCGGCGGCGGCGCGGUGUCGGGCGGGGUGUGGCGGUCGGCGUCGAGCUACGUGUCGGUGGACGCGGAGAGCGGUCGGCUGUGGGCGCUGCAGCCGCUGGACUACGAGGAGCUGCAGGUGCUGCAGUUCGAGGUGCGGGCGGUGGACGCGGGGGAGCCGCCGCUGUGCGGCAACGCGACGGUGCAGCUCUUCGUGGUGGACGAGAACGACAACGCGCCGGCGCUGCUGCCUCCUGCCGGCGGCGGGCCGGGCCCCGGGGCCGCGGGCGAGGCGGCGUCGGGGCCGGGCUCGGGGGCGCUGUGGGCGUGGGCGGCGUGGGGGGCGCCGGCGGGGCAGGUGGUGGCGAAGAUCCGCGCGGUGGACGCGGACUCGGGCUACAACGCGUGGCUGCGCUACGAGCUGUGGGAGCCGCGGGGGAAGGGCCCGUUCCGCGUGGGGCUGUACAGCGGCGAGGUGAGCACGGCGCGGGCGCUGGAGGAGGCGGACGGCCCGCGGCAGCGGCUGGUCGUCGUGGUGCGGGACCACGGGGAGCCGGCGCGCUCGGUCACGGCCACGCUGAGCGUGUCGCUGGUGGAGGGCGCCGAGGCGGCGCUGGCGGCCGCGGGCUCGUCGGGGCCGGGGCUGCGUGCGGCGGCGGGCGCGGAGGGCGACGCGGCGUCGGCGGCGUCGGCGAACGUGUGGCUGGUGGUGGCCAUCUGCGCGGUGUCGAGCCUGUUCCUGCUGGCCGUGGUGCUGUACGGGGCGUCGCGGUGGGCGCCGCGGGCGGCCGUGCUGUCGGGGCCCGGGCCGGCGACGCUGGUGUGCGCCAGCGAGGUGGGGAGCUGGUCGUACUCGCAGCGCCAGAGCCGGAGCCUGUGCGUGACGGACGGCGCGGGCAAGAGCGACCUGAUGGUUUUCAGCCCCAACUUCCCGCCGCCGCCCGGCCCCGCGGCGAAGGAGACGCAGCCGCCCGCUCUGCUGGACACGGUCAGUGCCCCCCCCUUCCCCGCCCCUUCCCGCGACGCCCCUGCCCCUCUGUCGCCCUUGUUGCCCGCCCCCCUGGCCGGCGGUGGCGGUGGCCGUGCUCAGCCCCCGGUGCCCGAGGGUGGUGGUCGCUGGGCAGGUGCUGGAGGCUCCUGA